GCGUGGGAGGGGGGGGCGAGAAGAGCAAGCCGUGUGUGUGUGGAAGGGGGGGGGGUGUUGUCCGGGCACGCGCGCUCCCGCCCCGCCCGCAACAUGGCCGAAGUGGGCAUCGACCGCUCCAAGCUGCCCGGCGUGAAGGAAGUGUGUCGAGAUUUUGCUGUGCGGGAGGAUCACACGUUGGCCCACAGCCUGCAGGAACAGGAAAUCGAGCACCACUUGGCCACCAACGUCCAGCGUAACCGCCUGGUCAAACAUGACCUGCAAAUGGCCAAACAGUUGCAGGAGGAAGAGGACCGGAAGGGCCGGGCUCACCUGCAGGAGCAGCACAAGAACUU